GUAUCCUAGUCGCCAAAGGUUUACUACCCGGUGGGAAAACAUUCGAUAGUGUCAGAAAUGUCGUCGUGGUCUUCGUCGCCGCCGUCAGGGCUGGGAGGAAUGAUCAUCGAGGAGCGCGUCUGCCAAGGCGCCAUAGUCGACAAACGGUGAAUGCUUGUAGAGAAGAAGAGAAGAAGUCGUAUCCAUCUUCUCUCCAAUGUUUGCUUCGCAACCAAGACGGUCUCCACAGCACAUAAAACAACGACCAGGGCAGCGCGAUAAAUUCAAGAGACAAUCCGGUCAUUCGAGUGACCAUGCAGGUAUGACCUUAUCGAUACACCAGGUUGUUCAUCGUGUGCAAGUGGCUGCUCGUCUACUACAUGUGGCUGAGACGCGCGAGAGGAUGGUUCCGACGAAUGCAACGUCAAUCCUGCGAAGCGGACGGUUAUCGAUAGAACACAGCGUGCUUUGCAGAGUACAUCGCACCCAUCCACUUAACCCUCACCGAUCUCAUCAGUCAGGAGUGUUCUUUGGUGGGUGUGGAUCUGCAAUAAUGUUAACGUUGGUGGGGAUACUCCACUAUUGUCCAUGUCGUUCCAAGAUGCGAUACAUCACAUCUUCAACUCCUCCACCUCCACCUUCAUGCCUCCACAACACGACACUUUCAGUACUCGAUUGUCUCGCACCCCAACUCUAGCAACGGCUGGAAUAGGUCUCACUAACAAUGUCUUGGUUGUUAUUUGUGUUUUUAUUUAUCGGCGUGGGAGGGCAUGUAGCGGUGUCACGGCGUCGCUGGAAUGUAACUAUCC